UCCACUUCAAACACUUCAAGUGUGUCAGUGGGCUCUCCUGUACCAAAUAUAGGUUAACACACAUGCCACCCCCCUUUCGGAUUAUACCGUCACACGGAAUGAAUAUGAACUUGUGCGAUGAAAACUGGAGAUGAAUGCUUCAUCUCUGACCCACAUAAUGGCGAUAUAUCAGGCUGGGUAAACGGAUCUGAGCCGUGUUACCGCCUGCUCCUCCGCUGUGUGCUCCCGGUGCGGUGGGAGCUUUUAGCGGCGCGCCUCGUGUCUCAUCUUCCUCCGCCUGGACCUGACUCUCCUCUUCCAUCCUCUCUUCCUCUCUCCCUCUUUCCAUCUCGGUACCAGAGGGAGGAGAGGAGGGAAAAACUGAGGCGACACACGCCGGGAAAAGGGGCGACGGAAACGGGAAAAGUGAGGCUGAGAGAUUACCCAGAGCUUCCUCUGUGGGAUUCCAAACUGAAGGGCCCAGUGUGAGGUGGAAGACCAUCCAGAGGUGAGGAAACACACCUUUCAUCUUCUCAGCGUUCCCUGAAUAAUCCUGCCCUUAACUCUUCUCUGGAUCUGGGCCUCCGCCUACCUGUUCCCCAGCUCCCCAGAGAGUCUCCGACUGGGUGCCGAUGUCAUGGCGGUGCCCAGUGCCCAAGAGUUUCACUGGCAGAGCCUGGCUCGACUGCCCAGCGGCCGUGUCUAUCACACUCUGUCUGAAGUGGGGGGGCAGAUGUACAUGCUGGGGGGCUGUGACGCUGCAGGAAGGCCAUGUCCAUCCCUGGAGCUCUACUCCCCAGAGGGGGACCGGUGGAUAAGCUUGCCCCCUAUGCCCACUCCUCGUGCUGGGGCAGCUGUGGCAGUUAUGGGAAAGCAGAUCCUGGUGGUGGGAGGAGUGGGAGAGGACCAGAAGCCUCUGAAGGUGGUGGAGAUGUAUAACACAGAGGAGGGGAGGUGGAGGAAGAGAAGUGCUCUACGGGAGGCACUGAUGGGUGUAUCCAUUACAGUGAAAGAUGGCCGUGCUCUGGCUCUUGGGGGAAUGUGUGCAGACCUGCUUCCCCGUAGUAUCCUGCAGCAGUAUGACCUUCGAAAGGACGUGUGGGCGCUACUUCCUUCCAUGCCGACCCCACGCUACGAUGCUAACACACAUCUGCUUGGCAAUAAGCUCUAUGUGGCAGGUGGCCGUCAGUGUAAGCGACCGUUAAAGGCCUUUGAGGUGUACGACACAGAGACGCGAUCUUGGACUACGCUACCCAUGAUGCCAUGCAAACGUUCCUAUGGGGGUGUGAUAUGGGACCCAGCUGGCAGGCUGUGCCUGUUAGGAGGACUGCGGCAGGGCGGGGGACACCAAAGCUCCAAGUUCACCAAGAACGUCAAUAUUUUUGACACCAACCAAGGCACCUGGCUGAAGUCAGAGGAGACAGUGGCGAUGAAAACAAAGAGAGCUGACUUUGCUGCUGCCUUCCUGCGUGGACGGAUGGUGGUCGCAGGAGGACUUGGUCAUGAGCCUUCAGCACUAGACACUGUGGAGGCCUUUCAUGCUCAUAAGAAGAAGUGGGAAAGGUUGGCUCCAAUGAACUUCCCCAGAUGUUCCGCUUCUUCUAUCGUCAUCAGAGACCGCCUCCUGGUAGUGGGAGGAGUCAACCAGGUUCCCAGCUCGGCACACGAGAUCCUCUACAUUAAAGAAGAAGAGUAUCUGUAGCCUGUAGCGACUGACGCCCAGAUGAUCGCAGAUGAGCCGUGAUUCCACUUCCUCCUUCCCGAACACCCGUUGUGACUGUAGUGCAAUAUUUAAGAACCAUCACAAACACUGAGAAAUGAGUGCAAGUCUGGCUGCCUGAUGUAAUGUAUCGGAUAAGACUGCCCCCUGCUGGGCGUAACUGGCACUGAGCCCCACAUGUCAGCACACAGAUGCACAAUGGAGGAGCUGGCUCUUUCUUUUUACCGAGCUGAUCCUUGAUACCUUUAUGUAUGCAACACUUCUACAUUGUACACUGUAGUGCAUACUUGAGGAAGGAACUAUUUUGUAGCUAUCGUGUCUAUUCCUGUGGACAGAAGAUACGUGGAAGAUGUAUUUAUAUUGCAUAUAUAGCGGUUUCAUAUCUGCAUUCAUUUGAUUUACGUGUAGCUUGCCGACUAUUGAGUAAGGGUAGAUUUCAAUUUAGCUAAAUGACACAACUGCAAUCCUUAUCUCUAAUUUAAUAUGAUCUAGAAACAGUUGAGUGUUUGGUUAAUAAAAUAUUCAGUAACAACAUUUGCACUGAAUCAGUCAACACUGAGUGGGAGCUUUGCCUUCAAUUAUUUCUAGUGUAAUGUGUUGUAGUAAUUACACUCAGAAUGCUGUAAUAAAACUCCUCUGUGCUGUAAUAGUGCACAUUUGUGGCCAAAUGUAACACUUUGCAUCCAUGAAAUGAGACUUGUGUUAAAUAACCGUGUUUUUUGUGGUUAAACUAGUUACUGAAUUGCUGUUAUAAGCAAAGGAAGGAAUCCUGUGGGACUUACAGGAUGAUUGUAGACGUUUUAUUCCUGCAGCAAUACACUUUCUCUGCGUUUUAUAAUGUUGUGUAGUGCAGUAAUAUUGUAGUCGUCUCACUCAGGUUAUGUUCUAGGUUGACUUUUGUUUGUCUGUUCUUGUAGCUAACAACAAAAUCAUCUCUUUGGUUUAUGUUCUGUGACAGAUGAUUAAUCUGUGGAGUUUUUAUAUUAAUUGUGAUGACAGUUCAGCCUUUGCAAAAUGUUAUCUCAGUCUGCACCGUGAUCAUGAUCAGUCAUCGUUCCUACACCCGAUCAUGCCACACUAUAGUGUAAACAUGUCAUAUUGUUAUAUUCAGUGAAAUAAAAGUUUGUAUUACACCUUUUUCCCCACAAGAUGGCAGUGGUGACACAUCAUUCUGAGCCUACACAACACAUUACAGCUGCAUCACAGGCGGUCGAGGUCCAUUUGUUCAUAGAGACACGUUAAUAGCCUCUUCACAUUUAAAAAAAUAUUUAAUUGCUGUUAAGAAAUCUAUUUCACUUUUGUUCAGUUAAAAUGACCAGAAAUACUGUUGAUAACGUGGAUGUGCAUAUGUUUGCUGCACAGCCACAGUGCAGAUAUCCUUAACCCCCAUUGAAAUGCCUUGAAAUUCAUUGUGUUUUGGUGGAGAUGCGUUUUUAUUAUUAUUAUUAUUAUUAUUAUUGUAUGAUGAUUCCAAUUACUGUUGAGCCUCUUUGAAUAUUUCCAUGUGUUUGUGUGAAAAGUAAUAAAAUAGGUAAUUGUGAUUAUGUAACUAAAAUAAUGAAAUACAGUUAUAUAUUAUAUUGUUUACUAUAUUUAAUAAGACUCAGGUCAAGUUUUUUGCACCACUGGACUAACAAUGACAGCAGCAGUCUGAUACGGUGAUUCAUAGUGAAGAAGAUCUUUAGCAUAUGAAGUGUAAGGUGUCGACCCUAGCUUUAUCCCCGACCAAUCAGAGGAUGUCAUUUUAGUUGAUUGCCAAUAUUUCUCCCAAGUCUUGGCAAUCAGGGAACAAAGGAAAUAAUCAGUCUAAUUAAAAACUCACAGACAAACAAGAUUAAGUCUGGUUGAGUCUGUUUUGCCUGUCUUCAAAUACAGUUAGGCUUUAGAUUUAGAACUCAGGUUAAAGUAAAAGGUAAACCUUAUAUCUUGACUGUUUUCACAAGAAAAAGAGUCAAAACAGUCAAAAACUGUGAGCUUUGCUCACUGACUGGGACAGGUGGGAGGGGACAGCAGGGAGACCAGGUGCCUGGAAACCACCUGCAGCGAUCCUAAUCCAUCUGGUAGACAGUAUGGCCAGCAGAAGGUUGUUACCAGGGACAGCGACUUCAGGUCAGUGCCCCUCAGCAGCUCAAAGGAGGGUGCUGAAGGGCGUCAAGGACCUAGCCUAGGUCCCAUGGGGAAACCGAGGCCACGGCCCGCCUCUGGCUGGGACUGCAGGAACUGCAGGAUGGCAUCCGCUGUAGUCUCUUGGAGGUCCACUUGUGGACCGCGCACCUGAAUAUAACAAUCCUGAGCGAGG